AUGAGAAAAUACAGGCGACAAUAUCCUAGAAAGGAUGGGAAAACAACGCCAGUCAAAGUCUCUCCUCCACCCCCCCCCUUCAUCGCCACCCUCACCACAAUUGUGAAAACACGGAGCGUGGUGUUUUCGAAAAGUGCUCCCCUUUGGCCGAAGGGCAGCGUGAAAAUAAUAGCUCGUGUCGACACAACAGCAAACAACAACAAAUGUCCUCCUCUCCGAAAACAAAGACCCGACCGACCGAAAUUAAUCGGAAAAUCUGCAUCGGAUCCGGCGGUGAAAUACAACAGAAAGCACCAAAGCCCUGUUUACAGAAGUCCACCUCUUUCCCACCUGCCAAUUCCCCAUUAUUCCUAUUUGUGUAGUUUUAUCUCCUCGCCGCUAGGAUUAUACAGUAAUGGGAAUGGAUGUUCUGGUUUGGUUUAUAUUGUACUCUCAUAUAAAUAUAUCGAAGAGUAA